GGGCCAAAGCAUCGGCGAGAGGCUGAGGGACACAAUGGCGGGAGAACUGGGAGCCGGCGGGCAGGUGCACAGGUGAACCCCGAGUGACUCCAUCCCUCCCACCUUCCCUCAGUGAUUAGAUCUGAUGCAGCAUCUGAAGUGGAGUGUGUCACCAUGGAGAGUAACGAUGGAGAUCCUACUGCCAACCCUCUUGAGCCUCUCAGUGGUGCCCAUCUUGUCACCGGUGGCUGCACACAUUGGACUUGCCAGAGCCUUGAACAUUGGGACUUCAGCAUCUAAUCGUCGAGCUGGCAAUGAAAUGGACAAUGGCGGAAAUGCGGGAUCGGUUGUGGAAAGGGGAACCUUCACCUGGGCAGUUCAUUUAUCACUGGGAAAUGACUCUGGCACCAGGAAGGCCUUGUCGCUCGAUCGGCUUGCAGAUGAACUCGCAGAGUUUGCCGAUCUCGAGAACCGGGGGCAGAUUGGGGAAUUGGCCGGACAUUAUCUCUUUGCUCUCCCGCCGCAUCGAUGUAACCACAGUGGCCUGGAGGAGGAGACAGUAUUGAGGAUUCGGAGUUCCAUUGAGGCCUUGCUUGCCCAACACGACAGUGUGCGGUGGCAUUCUGAACAAAAGCUGCUCAAGCGCUCCAAGCGUAGUCUCCACUUCAAUGACCCAAAGUACCCAUUCCAGUGGCACCUGCACAAUCGGAGGAAGCGAGGGAUGGACAUCAACGUCACGGGCGUGUGGGAGCGCAAUGUCACUGGCGAAGGUGUGACGGUGGUGGUGGUCGAUGAUGGCGUACAGUACACCAUUCCGGACAUACAGGUCAAUUAUUCUCCCGAAGGAAGCUACGACCUGAAUUCGAACGAUGAGGACCCCAUGCCUCACCCAGACGAGCGCAGUGAUAAUCACCACGGGACUCGAUGUGCUGGUGAGAUUGCUGCUGCCCCAAACAACUUCUGCACAGUCGGUGUGGCCUUUGGAAGUCGUAUUGCAGGUAUCCGUGUACUGGAUGGACCACUGACCGACAGCAUCGAGGCCAUUGCUUUCAACAAACACUUUCAGAUCAAUGACAUUUACAGCUGCAGCUGGGGUCCGGACGAUGAUGGGAAGACUGUGGAUGGUCCUCACCCACUGGGGAAGGCCGCGUUACAGCACGGCGUCAUGGCUGGCCGUCGUGGCUUUGGAAGUAUCUUUGUGGUGGCCAGUGGGAAUGGAGGGCAGUACGAGGACAACUGCAACUAUGAUGGUUACGCCAACUCCAUCUAUACCGUCACCAUUGGGGCCGUGGAUGAAGAAGGCCACAUGCCAUUCUAUGCAGAGGAAUGUGCUUCCAUGCUGGCAGUCACCUUCAGCAGUGGCGACAAGAUGAUGAGAAGCAUCGUGACCUCUGACUGGCAGAUGCAAGAUGGCACUGGCUGCACUGAAGGGCACACUGGGACCUCGGCUGCUGCACCGCUGGCUGCGGGAAUGGUUGCAUUGAUGCUGCAGGUUCGCCCAUGCCUCACGUGGCGGGAUGUUCAGCACAUCAUUGUCUUCACGGCUACGCGGUUUGACGACCGCAUCGCUGGUUGGGAAGUAAAUGGAGCUGGAUUCAGCCACAGUCACCAGCAUGGUUUUGGCCUGCUUAAUGCCUGGCGUAUGGUGAACGCUGCAAAGAUCUGGGAGUCCGUACCGUUCCUCAGCUCUUACGCCAGCCCUGUUGAGAAAGACAAACAGCUCAUCCCCCUGAGCCCUGGCAAGCUGGAGAUCACCUGGAAUGUCACCGCCGAUGGCUUAUACUUGUCGGGCUUGAAGACUCUGGAACAUGUGGCGGUGACUGUGUCCAUAUCACACCCAGCCCGUGGCGCCCUGGAGCUGACGCUACACUGCCCCAGCGGCAUGUCAUCGCUCAUCGGAGCCAAACGCCUCAUGGACAGGGAUGCCUCUGGCUACACUGACUGGAUGUAUUCCACCGUGCGCUGCUGGGGUGAGCGGGCACAAGGCAUCUACAAGUUGGUCAUUCGUGACUUGGACACCGAAGCCCAACGGAAGAAUGGUUUCCUCACACAAUGGCAACUCACGCUGUACGGAUCCUCCUGGUCGACUAAAGACGUCAAACGCCGACAGAGGGUUGUUGAAGAAGCUAUGAGUGGACAAUUCCUGAACGACAGUUUCUCGUUGCCUUGUCCCCUUGGAUUGGAGAUUGCAGAUCAGGAAUGGAAUUAUAUGACCCCCAACACACUGAAGAUGCUGCUCCUCCUGGGUUGCUUCUCCAUUUUCUGGUCCAUUUACUACACGCUGGAGAUUAUUUUCUACCCCAGGAAAGAAGUGAGGUUCAGCCUGCUGCACGGGAACUCUAGCCGGGGACCCUACCGAACCUUGUGUGAAGUGGAAGCUGACAAACACGCAUCUGAAUUAAUCCCAUUGCACAGUGUGGAUGGCAGUGAGACUGGAGAGCAGCAGACAUCAAACAAUGAGGAGGCCAGGCUUAUAAAACUCGGGGAGCUGGACUCCAGUCACCACACGCUCAACGUUGCCUUGACUGUUCCGGAGGAGACGGGGCAAGACCAGUCCAUACCAUUCCAUCGAGACGCACACAGGGACGGUGAGAGCUCCUCAUUGUUUCGCUCGUUUGACAACAGAUUGACUCAACAUUCAACGAUGUUGUCCGGAUCACACUCGGACUGAUGAAAAUUGAAGCAACAUAAAAUCUCGAGGUAUCUUUGAAAUCAGCAGCCACAGCACGGACUCAUCCACCCUAGGACCUACAGAUUGGACCUGACGAUGGCGACCACAAUGCUCAAGAGAGGCAUCCCAAGUGGAUCAGGUCUAUCAGUGUGGAGUAGUGUGGAGAACUAAAUGUUUCUCUAUCUUUUUAUUUCUCUCUCUCUCCCUCUCUCUCUCUCCUUCCCUCUCCCACACCCCCGCCUCCUCCCUCUCACCCUUCCCCAAUCUCUCUCUCCCUUUAUCUCUCCCUCUUCCUCGCUGUCCCUUCACUCCUCACAUCACUCCUCUUUUCUCUCUUCCAUUUCUCUAUCCCCCAUCACUCUUAUGCCAUUCUUCCCACUUUCUCCUCCUCUCCACUUCUCCUCCUACCCCCUCGUCUGCCUCACUCCCUCUAUCCUGCUUCUCCUCACCUCUCCCUCUCCUCACUUCCCCCUUCCUUUCUCCCACUCUCUCCCUCCAUCCCGCCCUGUACCUCAGCAUCAGCCUGGGUUAAACAUUCUCUGUCUAUUCAUACAAUCAGUGGAGAAUGUUUACAUCCAGAGUCACUACUGCAGCUUGGGCACCUUCGGAAGAGCUGCAAAUCACUUCAAAACUGGUUUGCUCAAGAGAUCCACAGGGACCUUGCACUGGCUCGUUUCAACGUGUUUGUGAAGAUGAGCCAAGGACAAGAUCGCAUGCUAGACACGGGCCACAUUCACUUCCACUUCUGGCCAGCUCUCUGAGCUGCGCAUGGGCUGCCUGCGGUACAGAGCUUGUCCAGAUAUCUAAGUCUCCACUCGAGAUUGUGCCGCAAUAGACGAUCACCAUUUAAAAAAAAACCCUGCCUUCGUUGUGACCGCGAUCAGCCGUCGGAAAGUCUACGCCCGUCACCGGUCCGGUCACGCACGAGAUUACCGGCAACCUCCCGGUCAGAAACGGUAAAUGGAUCAUUACCGUCUGGAACCUGCCCGUAUCGACGCAGUUUUGUGAUCCAGGUCCUGUCUCGUAUCGCGGGAGUUCCAAUUCACUUUGGCCUCUUCCUGGCUGGGUUUUCAAUUACCGAUCACUUGCAAUUGUUUAAGCAAAAUGUGGCUCCAAAACAUCGUGUUUUGUGCCUGUACUUGAAAUGAAUUUAACCAGUACACUGAUGCCAGUGAGAAGGGCAGCACUAUAAUAUGGUUUGGGUACAAAAUGGCCUUUGUCCCUGGGGUCAGUCAGAGGCCACAGGGUGACCACGUUGAACGGACCCUAAUCCAAUUGCUCUUGCCUUUUUCAUCCAAACGGAGCGGUACUGAGAGAUACUCAUAAUAUUCAGGCAGUGCAAUAAUUACUGGGAGACAUUUGGUUAUUUUAUUCACUCUGGUACGGCUCAUCUCCCUGUAUGUAUAUCCUCACUCAGUGAGACAACUCACACUCGAACAGAGUCAGAGCGUUGAAAUUUGCUCAAGUACCUCAAAAUAAUAGGUACACAAAAAUACUGGAGAAACUCAGCGGGUGCAGCAGCAUCUAUGGAGCGAAGGAAAUAGCCUCAAAAUAAUAGUUCGAUUUGACGGUAAAUUUACAGUUCACAUGGGCAAAGUAAUAUUUAAAGGGUUAAUGAUUAAUAUUUGCAGUGCUUUCAUAAUCUUCCCCAUUUCAGAAAUUGAUUCCAUUGAGGUUGGCUGUUGCCUUUGAUUUGUACUCUGGUGUUUUCCAGGGAGCAUGAUCAUUUUAUCACUGGAUGAGACUAAAUUAAUGAAUGAGAGUGUACUGUGAGAGAACACAAACUCGGGGAGAGGGGGAGUGAGGUUUGACAGCAGCAUUGUCAUCUCUGUUUAGUCAUGCUGAGAGUUUUGUUAGUUCUGUCAUGGCCAGCAUUUCAACUGCUCAGACAGUAACUCUACCUCUGUUAAAAGAGCACCAUUGUCCACACUCACAGCGUCCCUUGCGGGGUUUCUGAUCCAGUUUUGAGACAAUUGAGCCCCUGACGAACGUCAAGGAAACAUCUGUACAGCCAGCUGUUAUGUCACUGGAAACGCACCACAGGUGGCUGGAGCAAGUGAUUGAAUUCUGAAGGCCAGUGAUCGACAUAGACCGUACAAUGGAGAACUCAAUUCAAAGGACGGCUGCAGCAAAGGGUGGAGGGGAGCAGGGGAGGUUUGUUCUCUCGAUUCAGGUUCACCAUGUAAACCUCGGACAACUUCUGACAGGCUGGCUGUGGGAUUUAGAGUCUGCCCAGGGAGAUAUUACUUCAAUCAUGUAAUGAUACAUUGAAAUUGUUGGCUUAUCUUAUUUCUAGACAUUACGGAAUCAGUUUUCCACAUUGAAAAUCCCCCCACAGUUAUUGAGCUUUGUGAACGCUUUGUGCUGACAAACACUGGCUGUCUCUAUCUCCGUGGCUCAUCCAGACUGGAUUUACUUCUUUUUGGUAUAUAUCGGUGAGUGGUGGAAAUAGCAUUUACAUCCAGAUUUCUGUAACAGCUGGGACCCUAUGAAAGGAGCAGGGAGUAUAGGCCGCGUUAAACUUUAUUCUUUAAAUCACUAACUUCUUGGAAACUGGAAUUAUCGUGCUGAACUCAGGGUUGCUUUUGUGAUUUUUUAUUUUGUGAAACCGAAUUGUGAACGAACUUGCGAGGUUCGGAUCAGUUCAAAUGCUGCCUUUUGUUCCACAGAGACAGCUACCCAAGGUGGAGGGUUUGUUAAUGGGGUUUAAAUUUUCAAUUGUUUCAAUUUGUGUAAUCAAUUCAUUGACGUGAGUGAAUGUAAGCCAUUGGUCAUCAUGGAUUUAAUUGUUUUUAAGAAUGCACUGAUUAACAUUUUUGUGUAAAAUUCCAUCGCCCACAGGUUUAGCAGAAUUGUUGAACCUCUGAUCUUUAAUAUAAUAAAUUGCUGCACAGAA